UGUGAACCACAGCGCCGCACAGCUGAACCUCCCACGUCGGAUUAUGAGGCUUAUACUCUGGAGGUCUCCGGGCCGGGCGUGGGCGAGAGCGUGGGCGUGGAAGAGGGCCAGAUCCAGGUGGUGGGCGAGGGGUCUGCCCGCCUUCAAGCCCCUACAGUGUGGGGCGCCUUGAGAGGACUCGAGACUUUCUCCCAGCUGGUCCACAUCACAGAGCGAGAUAACCACUACACCCUUAACGAGACGCUGAUCGAGGACGCACCGAGGUUCCCCCACCGAGGGAUCCUACUGGACACCGCCAGACACUUCCUUCCGAAGAACACCAUGCUGCAGGUGUUGGACUCAAUGUCAUGGAAUAAGAUGAACGUCUUGCACUGGCACAUUGUAGACGAUCAGAGUUUUCCUUAUGAGUCCAAGAUCUUCCCAAACCUCACACUUCACGGCGCUUACACCCAACGCCACGUAUACACUCAGAAGGACGUGACAGACAUCGUAGACUACGCCAGGUAUCGGGGCAUCAGGGUCAUCCCCGAGUUUGAUACGCCAGGGCAUGUCCAAGGCUUCGGCAAGGCAUUUUCGCAUUUGCUUACCCCGUGUUAUGGUGACGGCCAGAACGCGGGGACCCCCAACUACCCCCUCCACGCGGCAUAUGAGAAUUUCGACCCCACUAACCCACAGGUUUAUGACUUCGUCAAAGCUUUCCUGGUGGACCUGAAACACACGUUCGUAGACGGGUACAUUCACUUGGGUCUCGACGAGGUGUUCUUAGCCUGCUGGUUGAGCUCGCCAGUUGUCCGGGCUUUCAUGGAACGUCAUAACUACACCGAGAUUGGCCAGGUCGAGCAGCACUAUGUGGACGAGGUGCUAGAGUUGGCUGACCUCACGCCCAUCAAAUACAUUACUUGGCAAGAUCCAGCUGACCGGGGCACAAAGAUGGCCAACACGAGCGUAGUGCAAGUAUGGAAGGACGUGUCUCUUUCGCCCAACAAGAUGCGCGGCUGGAGAGACUAUGUCCACGACCUGACGGAGGCUGGCCACCAGAUUAUCCUCUCCUCCUGCUGGUACAUCAACUACAUCACCUACGGCCAAGACUGGAGGAACUUCUACAACUGCGACCCCACUGAUUUUCAGGGUAAGACUUUCUGGGAUUUUGUUUUUGCGUUCGGUGGAGAUGUUAGUUUAAAAAUUCUUUAA